AUGCUGCACCCCCAGGUGUACGCUCCCAGCGCACCCUACCAGAACUAUAACCAGAACCCUACCCAGACCCGCAGAUUCCACCUGCCGCACACUGCCCCCGUUCGAGAAACGGUGAACUCCGAGGUCCAAACGGACCCGACGCGGAGACGCGCCGGAGGCUACGGCGAGGAGCGCCAAGUCUUCAGCACAGAUUCUGGGGGUGGAACCGCCUGCAGCUCUCCGUCGCCCUUGAGCUCCGCCUCCAAAAAACGUGUCUCCGCAAACGACAAACCGGUCAAGGGGAGCAGCCCGCGCUGCGUCGACGUCGUGCCGCCGGCGGGAUUGAAGACGGUCCAAGAGCGCAUCAGAGCGUCUCUGGAGAAGCGGCAACGCCACAAGGACGCCGUCCGUCAGGACGGCGCUCGCUGCAGCGUGUGGUCGGCGAGUUCCGCGGACAGCAUGGCUCCCGUGUGCAGCUCGUCUCAACAAGAGGAGGACGUCGUCCACGAGAGACUCGAGUCUGUUCCCGACAUCCUGUUGAGUUGGGGAGACGGCACGCCGACGCAGGCCACCGCGCCGACGCAGGCCACCGCGCCGGACGAGCCGCCUCAAAAGGACGUUGGAGCCGCAGUAGAGCGACAGUUUGUUUACCAGAGUCCGGCUGGGGCCACAAAGGGUCCGGCGGCGGAUAACGAUGUGUUUGCUGAUGAUGCUGACGGCACCUCGAGCUCGAGGGACGGUGCAAACCUGUUCAAGAUCCGCAAAAUGAGAGACGCUCACGAUGAGCGAAAGGCAGAGUCCACGAGUGAUACGGGCGUGGUUGGCUCUGGUGGCCAUUGCUCGCCUUACAGAGAUGAACGGCUGCGCUCACUAAAGUCUUCCGAUGAACUCUUUGAGGACGAGCCGGAAAACGGGGACGAGACGAAUCCGCACGAAGACGCUGCAGAAGACACUGCAGACAUCACUACAGACGUCACGCCCUACCCCUCGUCUUUAAACAGCGGUCGGAUGAAGAGGAAAAUGAACGAGUCCGUUUGGUCCGUGGAGUCUCUGGCACCCUUCAUCCCCAGUCAAGAGUGGCUUCUGCAGAACUGCGUGUUCGAGCCUCAAGUCAUCUUUGAGAUGACGGAAGAAGCUGAAAACGGUCGACCGUCCACCCCGGACGACCCAACGGUCACGGCUGCCAAAGGGCGAAGGCCGACUUCCAACGACAGCUGGCUCAUGUUCAGCACCCCCGCCGAGAAGCCGAGUCCCCCAACGAACCUAGAAGUAGAGACUGAAAUGGAAGCAUCUGAAACGAGGAGACCAAAGUCGGGUCAGAACAUUGUUCCUUCAGAAAAGGGUUCCUUCACUUCCCCGACUCGCCCGCCACCCUGCAAAAUAGUCUCAUCUCCUUCCUCUGAGGAGGACGUGGAUAGGAAUGGGUCUUCUGAACCCGAGGCUAGUCGAAGCCCAAACCAGGACUCGCUCGUUCUCGAUGAGCAGCGGGUGAAGACCCCCUGCUGCUCCCAGCCGGAGGAAACGCUCCCCUUGAAGUCUGCGGCUGGAGGGGAGAGCUCCCCCCCGAUGAGCGUCCAGAACCGAGCGGACACGGAGGCGGAGCAUGACGCGGGCGGGAACGACAGCCAGCCGCAAGACCGGAGACUGUGCGUCCCGAUGGCCGACCCGAAGAUGGCCGAAGUGUCUCCGACGAGGGGACAGUUGGUGGACUGCGGCAUCCAGUGCACCCAGCUGAAGGACUGCGACUGCCAGGAGAGGGCGAGGCAGGAGUGGAAAUGCACAGAUAAGAAGACGAUUGGUGGCCAGGCUGACGGAUUCGGCAUGAAGGGACGAAUGCCGAAAAAACAGAAGAAGAAUCAUUGGAGGAACAAAGGUCAAGACAAGCAAAGCAGCCAGCAGGAGGCCGACUACGGGAAGCCCCAAGGUGGAAAUGGGAGGAACCAGCGGUUCUGA